AUGGCUUUUAAAAUUUCCGGUGUCUCACUCUCCCACUCUCCGUCAUCCCUUUCCACCCACUAUUUAAACACCACUGAAACCCACCUUCCCCAACACCAUAAAUCGUAGAAACUUGCAGCAGAUUCAGUGAAGCAUCAAAAAUGGCGACUGCAAAAGUUGGGAGGGUCAAGUUGGGUUCACAGGGUCUGGAAGUGUCGGCUCAAGGCCUUGGUUGCAUGGGGAUGUCAGCUUUCUAUGGUCCACCAAAGCCUGAAUCCGCCAUGAUUGCGCUCAUACAUCAUGCUAUUGAUUCUGGGAUUACCCUUCUUGAUACCUCCGAUGUUUAUGGCCCUCAUACCAAUGAAAUCCUCCUUGGGAAGGCGUUGAAAGAUGGUGUUCGAGAAAGGGUUGAAUUGGCUACCAAGUUUGGCAUAGAUUAUACCGAUGGGAAAAGGGACAUACGUGGUGACCCUGCUUAUGUUAGGGCUGCUUGUGAAGGUAGCUUGAAGCGUCUUGGUGUUGAUUGUAUUGAUCUUUAUUAUCAGCAUCGGAUUGAUACCAAGGUUCCCAUUGAAGUCACGAUUGGAGAACUUAAGAAACUGGUUGAAGAAGGUAAAGUGAAGUACAUAGGUUUAUCUGAGGCUUCGGCUUCGACGAUUAGGAGGGCCCAUGCGGUGCAUCCUAUAAGUGCUGUGCAGUUAGAGUGGUCUUUGUGGUCCAGAGAUGUUGAGGCUGACAUUAUUCCAACUUGCAGGGAACUUGGGAUUGGGAUUGUUGCUUAUAGUCCCCUGGGAAGAGGAUUCUUCUCAUCUGGGCCUAAAAUUGUGGAAACUUUGUCCAAUGAUGACUUUAGGAAGACUCUACCAAGGUUCCAGCCUGAAAAUAUGGAGCAUAACCGACGCCUUUAUGAUCGAGUUAAUGAGAUAGCAGCAAAGAAAGGGCGCACCCCAUCACAGCUUGCAUUGGCUUGGGUCCAUAACCAAGGAGAUGAUGUUUGCCCCAUUCCUGGAACCACCAAAAUUGAGAACUUCAACCAGAAUGUUGGAGCUUUGUCCAUAAAACUAACACCUGAAGAGAUGUCUGAGCUUGAAUCCAUUGCUAAAGCAGAUUCUGUGGAAGGAGACAGAUAUGGUGGUGUCCUUGUUACUCACGAUGCAUCUGAAACUCCUCCAUUAUCUUCAUGGAAACGCUGAAUGAAUACUUCAAUCCACUGCCUCAUUUGAUGCAAUCUUCAUGAUGAGGUAUGGUCUUAAACUUAAUGUAACGCCCUGGAUAUGUGUUUUGAAGCCACCAAGAUUGAGUCUCUAUGUUGCUCUCAGAGAAUAAGUUUCUGUCAAAAGUAUCAAUUGUUUUUCUGGUGUGAUGGUAAACUGCAAAGUUUGUAGCAGUUUAUCCAAGUUGGUCAUGUUGAGAUUGUGUAUUCCAGGGAUAAUGAAAGCCAAAGUUUCUGGCACAA